AUGAUUUCGUCAAUCAAGAUGGUGGUCAUAACGAUUGUGUUUGUUGUUUCCGUUUAUGUUAAAGAUGGGACCCUGACAAACAUCUUCAGUCACGAACAUUAUGAAGGGGUGUUCCAAACAGAUGAGAAUGGUUUAACUGAGGCAGGUUGGAUGGACGUUCUCGUAUGCGUUCAUCUCAUUUCCGGCUUCCUUACUUCUUACUUUGCUCGUCUUGCAGUGAAACUUAAACUGCAGUAUGCCUGCUUUAGCGCUCCACUGCUGUUAGCGACACCAGCAGCAUGUGCUCUUCAGUUAUGUUUCGAGAUAUUUGAAGUAAGUGACCUUUGGUAUCCAACGAUUCCGGAUGCUGUUACGACCAACUUAAUCAUCAUUGGAAUCGUUUGCGGAACUUUCUCUUUCAUCAUUCUUUCCGAACACAUCUGGUCCGACUACUCAACUACUUACGCACUUGAUCGGCAAAUAAUGAUACUCCCUGGAUACAGGGCAAUGUUCACAGCACUCGAUGUUAUACUGAACCGGAAUACGGUCGACAUGGAAGAAGUGGAGACAUAUGAAGAGCGAGUUUCCCGGUUGACUGUAAAUUUUGAUCGCUCACGGACCACUAUAAAAACUGCCUUAUGGAACAAAGGUCAAACGAUCCCAAUGGUCUUUGUCUGCACCACUCUUUGGCACGAAAACGAAGCCGAAAUGACAACUCUGAUGACAUCUCUUAUACGACUGAUCAAAACUGUUGAAGAACGACGUAGCAAGAACCUCAGUGAUUUUUAUAAUAUCGAAAUCCAUAUUCUAUUUGACAAUUGUUAUGAAAUUUGGACAGACGAUGGUGGAAACGAACACAAAGUCGUUAAUUUUUUUGUCAAGCAGUUCAAGCGGAUUUUGAAGAAGCUAGUAAUACAAGAACGUGUAUCUGAAGUUAUCAAUACUGAAGUCUUGAUGGUUACACCUUAUGGCGGUCGGAUAGACUAUAGUUUUGGGCAGACAAAUAUGCAUGUGCACUUGAAGGACGCAGAACUUGUCCAAAAGGGAAAGCGAUGGAGUCAGGUCAUGUAUAUGUAUUAUUUGAUCGGCUGGAAGAUGGAUGCAUGCAAGUAUAGCAUGCCUGGUGGACAAGGAAAGAGUGAACACUUGGAAAGAAAGAAAACGUAUAUCUUAGCUUUGGAUGGUGAUGUUCGAUUUAAACCAUCGGCUCUAGAACUUUGCUUAGAGCGCAUGCUUCGAAAUGAUAAAGUGGCUGCUGUUUGCGGGCGCAUUCAUCCCGUUGGAGGCGGUUGGAUAAACUGGUACCAACGUUUUGAAUAUGGAGUUGGCCACUGGCUACAAAAGGCAACCGAACAUGUUUUGGGAUGUGUUCUUUGCUCGCCAGGCUGUUUUUCAUUGAUGCGAGUCCAUCAUCUCCGAUUCAACAACGUGAUGGCCCGGUACCGUCAAUAUGCAGAAACGCCGAUGCAGAAGCUUCAGUAUGACAUGGGAGAAGAUCGUUGGCUUUGCACUCUUAUGCUUAUGCAGGGUGGUCGAAUCGAAAGAGUUAGAGGAGUUUUUCAAGCAACGAAAACGAUGGGGACCGAGCACUACUGCAAAUAUUUACGACUUGAUACAGCAACAAUGGCUUGCCAGAAAAACAACCCAUACAUCUCGUUUCCUUAUGUUUUGUACCAAGGCUUCAAUCUUAUCUUCACAGUUAUCGGCCUCUCGACAACACUGAUGAUGCUUUCUGAGGCCUUUAAUUUUGCAAUCAAAAUGCCUACUGAUGAAGCGGCCCUAGCAUACAUCAUCAUUUGCACCCCUGUGGUCAUUUUUGCCCUAGUUUGUCGAUUUUACGACAACCAAAAUGUGCAGAUCGGACUUGCAUCAUUCCUGACAUUUAUCUAUGCGAUUCUGAUGGUCACUGUUAUGAUUGGGUUGUUAGUUGACGCGAUCGAGUGCGUUGCUGAUCCAAAUGUCCUCUUUUUCUUAGCUUUAGCUGCUAUUUAUGGAAUCGCUGCCCUGAGCCACGGAGAAAUCGUUAAUUUGAUGUGUGGAAUAAUUUAUUUUAUGUUCAUACCGAGCUGCUUCAUAUUUCUCCAGCUGUAUAUGGUGGCAAAUCUUAAUGAUAUUUCUUGGGGAACACGACAAAACGCGGGUGAAGCAUCAAAGAAGAAGAAAGAUAUGGGAAUAUUUGGUGGAAUUAUGAACUCUUUUUGCUCCAUGUGCAUGGGCGAAUCUUCUUGCAAUGAAUGCUGCUGUCCCAACGAAAGCAAACCAAAUACGAACAACGAAGAAGACCUAGAACUAACGCGAAACUCACUCAAAAAGGACUCAAUUAUCAAAGAAGAACCCAAACAAGCAACUUUAGUUGCAGAGCAGCAAACUCAAACAGAUCAGAGCUCUGAAGACAACAACGACUAUGAAGAAGAAAUUGUUAAGAAAGAGGUUGUCCACGAAGACGGAUGGUUUGAUUUCAGUCAUCGACUACGGCGACACUCUGAUAUGGAAUUGCACAGCUCGACAACGGUAGAAGCAGGAGAAAUCAAGAAAAGAUACACAACAGCUGAGCUUGGCUUUAAUAUUCGCGACGAAGGAUUCGACUACACAAAGACAACAUCAGUUGCGCAAAAGAAAAAAUCUCCCAAAAAGUUAGCUCCACCUCCAACCCAACCAGUUCAAGUUUUUACGCCAUUGCAGACAGAAAAAGCAAAUCCCGACUCGAGUACUCAUACGAAGCGAUUGACAAAAAGACGAGUAACCAACUCGCUAAGAAAAAAUACAGACAAUCGGCAGUCUGUUGUCUCGUCGAAAUCUGCGUGUUCCCUCAGAAAAUCAUUGAUGAAGCACAACAAAUCUUUCAAUGAACUAAUCAGCUCUCAAUACAAGAAUAUCAAAAAGGUUCUGACUAUCGACAUUGAUGACUCGAGUAGAGAUACCGAGCUGGUGAAACGAUCCUACCUCAACUAUGGAGGCGUUACAAGGAAAACUAUGCGGAAACUGUUUCAAGUUCUGAAUGUGUCAACUAUCACCGAACCAAUUCAUUUGUCCCUUCUCCUUGAGUAUUUCACCUAUCCAACAAAGUCAAAGUCUCCAGUUCCCCGUGCUACUCAUCAUGAAACAAUAAAAAUACGCAAGAUUCGACUAAGAGAAUACAGCGAAUGUGCCAUGCGCGGUAAUUUGGAUUACUUUUCCUGGUUUUUGGAACCCAACGCGCCGUUCGAGCCAACAACACGAAUUUAUACUCUAGCUGAUCCAGAAUACAAUUUUUGGAAAAGUCUGCAGGAUCCUGCAAAUGGCCAUCUCAAGAUUGUCGACAGCGAGUAUUCUGACGUGGAUAAAGAGCGACUCCAGAAUGAAAGAAAGAAAGCACUUGCUAAAUUCAGAAAUGAUAUCUUUCUUUUCUACAUUGUCGCUAACAUCUUGUGGAUGACGAUCGGACUGAUGCUCCGUCAAUUUGGUGAUCGUCUUCUACAAAUUGGCUACGAUGCUCCUGAUUUUUGCGAACCUGACACGGAAGCUCAGAUUUCCUUCUCAUCCUUCAGUCAUUUUGCUCCUCGAGACAGUCUGCUUCCUGGAGGGCCAGGACUUUUUCCAGGACUAAAUAACACGGAGCCAGAUCCGACGUACCAGAUUGAAAUUCAGCCGCUUACUCUUUGCUUUAUGGCCUUUUAUAUUGUUUUGAUUGUCAUUCAAUUCAUUUGUAUGAUUUCUCACAGAAUAUCGACAUUUUACCAUUAUAUGGCACACAUCCGAAUUCCUGAUGAGAGGCGCACGAUCGAAGAAAAGCAAUUAAAACUGGAAAAACAGCGGCUAAAAAGGGUGAACGAACAACCCCGCGAUUCUGAAAUUUCUGGAGAUUCGCAAGACAGCGCUGCUGAUUCUGACGAUAGUCUUGAUCGAUUGGCCGACCACGUAGACAAGUCAGGGCGACGAAUGUCGGACGAGAGUGUUUUCGCGGAAAUAACUCAUCUGAAAAAGGGACUCAAUAAUCCGUCUUUCACCUCUCCCGCAGAUGUAGAAAUAGAGACGGUAGAGACUUCCUUCUCAAAUGCGAAUGACUCCUUUGACCCGGUUAAUCCUUAUCCAACAGUUCCGAGGGGUGUGAAGUUUGCUGUUGGCGAAGAAAAGGAUAAAACCUCGAAACUUCGUAAAACAGGCGCCUGGGCAUUGACGAAAAAGUCUGCUUUGAAAAAACCAUCAGCCAAAACAAGCUUUGAUAAAACUCCAAGAACAUCAGGAACAACAUUUUCGAACUCAGAAGCAAGCUCUUCAGGGACAAACUUCUCCUCGUCAGUUAAACCACCCGAGAAAGAAGCAGAAACAACUUCAAAUGCGGGCACCGACUUUUCUCAAAAGCAAGAAAAAGACCCGCUUAUAAUGUUCAAGGAUUUGGACAUGGGCGACUCAUCUACUGUUAGAUUGCCCUCGUCGACGAUGAAGAAGUCCAACUCAACUGGAACACUUUUCUGA